AGUGACAAAGAAUAGCAUUUGACUAUAAGGGAAUAUAUCUAAAGAGCAAAUAAUUACAUAUAAGCGAUUUAAUCAUCUAUUUUGCCGACGCGAACCUUUUAUUUACCUGCAUCCUGCACUGGUCGGAGUUAGCAUUAGCAGCUAACAAUCCUCUGAAGCAAAGCGUUUAUUUCGGUCUGAGCGAAUUUACGUGUCUCGAAAACUAUAUGCUGGUGUUACAUUUUAAAACAUCUAUAUUUUUGUAGUCCGCCCCUUUAAAUAGCGUGUGACUGAGAAAGCUUUCUAUGCUUGAAAGUGCGUGUUAACGGAAGUUUCUGCUUCAGAUCAAAACGCCAGGAUGUCUGAUUUUGAUGAAUUUGAGAGACAGCUUUCUGAAAACAAGCAAGGUGACAGUCUAAACGGUCAUGAGCGUGACAAAGAGAACCGGCACCGGCGCCGCAGCCCAUCACGCAGCCGCAGCCGAGAGAGGAAAAGGAGAAGCAAAGAGAGGAGAAGCAGGGAACGCCGCAGUGACAGCAAAGACCGCCGCCAUAGACGCAGCCGUUCUCCUCAACGGGAGAAAAAGAAGAUCAAAAUUAAGAAGUACUGGGAUGUACCGCCUCCUGGCUUUGAGCAUAUUACACCCAUGCAGUACAAGGCAAUGCAAGCUGCUGGUCAGAUCCCCGCUACCGCAUUGCUGCCCACCAUGACGCCGGAUGGCCUGGCAGUAACGCCGACCCCAGUGCCCGUAGUGGGCAGUCAGAUGACUCGCCAGGCUCGCAGACUUUACGUUGGCAACAUCCCAUUUGGCAUCACAGAGGAAUCUAUGAUGGACUUCUUCAAUGCCCAGAUGAGACUCGGUGGUCUAACUCAGGCCCCAGGAAACCCUAUCCUCGCUGUCCAGAUUAACCAGGACAAGAACUUUGCUUUCCUUGAGUUCCGAUCGGUGGAUGAGACCACUCAGGCCAUGGCAUUUGAUGGCAUCAUCUUCCAGGGGCAGAGUUUAAAGAUUCGCCGGCCACAUGACUAUCAGCCGUUACCUGGCAUGAGUGAGAACCCCAGCGUAUAUGUCCCGGGUACUUUGCCAAGCUUUGUGCUUCAGAAAAUGGUCAUGGAAACUUGUUUUGUCCUGCUUUUAUUAGGUGUGAUGUAUCCGUUUGAAUUUGUUUUAUGUCCUCAGGUUAAAGAGUUGUUAACCUCUUUUGGACCUCUCAAAGCCUUCAAUUUGGUUAAGGACACUGCUACCGGCCUCUCAAAGGGCUAUGCUUUCUGUGAAUAUGUGGAUGUUAACAUCAAUGAUCAAGCUAUUGCAGGACUGAAUGGUAUGCAGUUAGCAGAUAAGAAGCUGCUGGUUCAGAGGGCAAGUGUAGGAGCCAAGAAUGCCACAAUGACAAGUAUAAAUGAGACUCCAGUGACACUGCAAGUGCCGGGGAUGAUGACGAACCCCAUGGGGCAGAUGGGCGGUAUUCCCACUGAGGUCCUGUGCCUGAUGAACAUGGUGGCUCCAGAGGAGCUCCUGGAUGAUGAGGAGUACGAGGAGAUAGUGGAGGACGUCAGGGAUGAAUGCUCCAAAUACGGCCAGGUCAAGAGCAUAGAGAUUCCCCGGCCUGUCGAUGGCCUUGAGAUCCCCGGAACCGGCAAGAUCUUUGUGGAGUUCACAACUGUUUUCGACUCCCAGAAAGCCAUGCAGGCCUUAACGGGAAGAAAGUUCGCCAACAGGGUGGUGGUGACCAAGUACUGCGAUCCAGAUGCUUACCACCGCCGAGACUUCUGGUAGAGGAAGAGAGCAAGAAAAAUAGAAUGGAGUAGCAGCUUUGUGAUAACUCCUAAAAAGAGAGAGAAAUUGAGGCAGAGAUAACGAAAGGGGGAACAUUUUUUUUUUUGUACUCUUUAAAAAAAGCCAAAAGGCGAAUGUUUUUGUUUUGUUUUGUUUUGAGAUGAUUUGUGAGCAAUUAUGGGAGGGCUUUUGCGUUCGUUUGUAUUUUAAGAACAUUAGCGGGAGAUAUUCUGUUAUACUGAUUAUACUUAAUCUGUUAAUAAAAUUACUGUUUUUUUAAAUGUAUACUGAAACAAAUGAUGUAAAAUUGUGACCAUCAGAGAAGACGAAAGAACUAUUGAUACUCAACUAAAUGUGGAGAUGUGUUCAUAUUAGACGGAUAAUUCAAAGAUGUCAUCUUUCGGCCCCUUACCUUGAUUUUAUCUCUUUUUAUUUCUCAUUUGAAUUGUAUCCCACUGUGACAGAUCUUUGUUUGAAAGUCAUUCGUCUUCUCUGUUGGCCAACUCACCACGUCUCCCUCCCAUUUUGUAGCUUUUUGCAGUUCAUAUCUCCAGGUAUUAGACUGUCCCAGUUUUGUCUGGUUUUGUUCUUAAACUUGGUCUCUUCCAUACAUAUCUCCAGCCCAUUUGACGGUGAUGACAUUUGUCCAGUGUGGCACCUUUUCUGUACGUGUGAUGUUUUUUUUUCUUUCUUCUCAAUAUAAUAGGCAACUUUUGAUAAUAAAACUCUUGGAAGUAUGAUCAGUUGUGAA